UAGAUAUAUUACCAUCUUUGUACUGAGACCUAAUUAACUUGAAUUAAAGUCUGUAAAAAUUACUUGUUGAUUAACGCAUUUUUCAAGUUCUUUUGUGUAUGCUUGUUCAACAGCUCCGUUUCCUUGCCGGUAACUAGUUCCAUAGCGACAAAGAAAAUGAAGGUCUAUUUGAUUUUUAUAUGUGCCGUGAGCUGCCAAAAAAUACAAUAUAGCUUUCAAUCGUCAAUUUCAAAUUCGGAAAGUUCAAAAACAUACUUACCGCCGUCCAAACUAAUUGAUGGAAACCGACGAUGUGAAUUGGAACCAAAAUAUUGUAAUAUCAAAAACAAUAAUUAUAACAAUACACUGUGGAUAGGUAAUAUGUUUGCUACGUUGAUGGGCGAAUUCACACCGUUUUCUAAGGAGAAUCCAAAUUGUACUGAAGAUGGGAAGUUGUAUAAGGAAAAUUUAAUCAAACAGGAAUUGUGGGCAGUUCAAAUGUACGAUUCUUCAGGAAAAUAUCCCGGUGGCCUUUUAUCCGGUAUUACAUACGAAAUGGGACAUUUUGACCAGUGUCUGCGAGCACAAUCAAAAAACUUGAAUUUAUACAGCGCCUAUGUGUUGGCUAAUAUUCGGUUUAGACUUCCUGGAGAUCCAGCCAAACCAUUAAGUAACGAAGGAUCUGCUUGGGAACAAUUGAAAGUUCAAGACAAUCCCAUAAUUCCUCAAAUCAACAACAUAAAUUGGGCACUAUGUAUUCCAGACUCGUGUAAUGCCCAAGACGUACAAUCGUCAAUUGAAGAACUAUUGACACCCGCCUUCCAGAGUCACAACAUAUCCGUCAGUGUUUCUGUUAACUCUGCUUUGUACACAUCCAAAAGAACAUCACACGCUCGACGCACCGAUGGAUACCUCGUGACAUUUUACACAAUUGUAACGCUCGUUAUUCUUGUAAAUAUUGUCGGGACUUUGUACGAAAUGAACGUUAUCCAAAUUGAUCGCUAUGUCAACUCGAAAAACCACCCGGUCUUAAGAACAAUAUUGCACUCGUUUUCGAUUAGGUCGAGCAUGAAGAGUGUGUUUCAACAGCCCAAAGUCGAACACCUAUCGGCAAUUAAUGCAUUGAAAAUCCUCAGUGCCACUUUCGUCAUUUUCGCCCAUAGGUUUUAUUUAAAUUUAGUGAUUCCGACGGAAAAUCCCGAGUUCAUUAACAACGUCUUAACAAAUUUUUGGGGAAAUCUAAUAAAGUCUCAAGUUUUUUUGGAAACGUUUUUCAUUAUUUCUGGGUUUUUUAUGCAUAUUUCGGUAACCGAACGACUGAACAAAACCAAGCGAUUGAAUUUUUUCUUCAUUCUACUUUACAGAAUGUCGAGAAUUUGGCCAGUAUAUAUAAUGGCUUUAUUAUUGCAUGUAUCCAUUUUCCCGUACUUGGGUAAUGGUCCAUUUUGGAAUGCUAUAAUCCAGACGGAAGUAGAAUAUUGCCGAAGAAAUUGGUGGACCAACAUUUUGUUCAUCAAUAACUACGUCAACACUCAGGAGCUCUGUAUGAUUCCAACCUGGUCUUUAGCGUGCGAUAUGCAUUUUUUCAUAAUUGGGUUAUUUUUAUCUUACGCUGUGUGGAAGUGCGAAAAAGUCGGCCUUUGGAUUUUCGCCAUUGUAUUUUCAGCAUCUAUGUACAUACCGGCAAUGACGAUCUACAACAAGAAGUUAAGGGGACUAUCCACAAUAAGUGCAAGUGUUGCGAUGGAUCUUCGAAAUAAUCCUUAUUUCGUUAAUAUUUACACAAAGAGUCAGCAGAGAAUUACAACUUAUCUGAUUGGGAUAGCAGCGGCAUACGUGUACACAAAACUUAAACACAGUAGAGUCAAAUUGUCUGCUAAAAGCAGAACACUCGGUUUUGUCACUUGUGUUAUACUGAUAAUCGUCUGUCACCUUUUGACCGGUUACUUUUAUAUACCGGGACUUGAAUACAACCCAAGACAUCACAUACUGUUCUAUACAUUGCACAGGAUUGUGUUUUCGCUGUGCAUAUCGUAUUUAAUCGUCGUCAACGCAAUAUCCGGUUUUGGUUACAUCACUAGAUUAUACGGAAGCCAUUUUUAUUCCGUAAUUGCAAAAUUCUCGUACAGUAUAUACUUGACCCACAACAUGUUUCAAAUGCUAUCCCUGGGUUCUGUUAAAUCACCGGUGGAGUUAAGCUGGUGGACUUGGUUCUGGUCUGUCCAAGGUGACUUCAUGAUAUCCCUAUGGGUCAGUAUGCUAAUAGUUAUACUAUUCGAAACACCGUGUCUAAGAAUGUUCAAUAAAAUGUUUGCAUUUUUAGAAGCUGAAUAUCAAAAACCGGAGCUAUCUAAUACGGUUUCGAAUGGAAAGCAUAAAAUUAAUUAAUCAAAAACCAUUUAUUGUACUGAGAAGAUAGUAAUGACGCCAAGAUUUUUUCUUUUUUUUUUUACUGUAAAUAUCAUAUUAAUACUUAAGGCGUAUCAUUUUAUAUAAAUAAUAAAUACACUGUAUGAAUAAAUGGUGUAAGUCAGUGUUAGACAACAACAAACAAAUUCCACUGGCAAUACAACAAGCUAACAAACAUUUAAUCAAUAGUUUCAAAUUAAUAAACUUCGACUCACGCAUAAGUUAACUCAUUGCUUUUGAUAAUACCUAAUCCUUAAGAGUGUAUCAUAAAAUUAAUGUUGAGCAAGGAUUGAAAUUUAACCAUUAAAAAUGAUGUUGAAGUCAAAUCAAUUUUAUUAGAACACUUUAUUAUUUACGGAUUAUACACAUAAGUCACGCCUAC